CAACAAAGGCUCAGAGCUCUGGGUCUCACUGCCUCCUAAAGCCCAUGAUUUGCUCGGAGGUCAGGACACAACCUCUAGUUCUAGUUCUACAGAUGUAUAAUUCCCAGCCCUGGGUGUGACCUGGCUGAUCCACAACUAGCAUGGCAAAUAGUGUACACUCAGGGGACCCACUUCUCUUACUUGCCAUGCUCCUGCUCACCUUUUGGCCUAUGCUGAAGUCUGACCUCAUCACAGAUGAAGAGGCUGCUCUUCUGGCAGAAUCACCUAAGGAUGUCUUCUGCUUUUCUCGAACAUUUGAAGAUCUUACCUGUUUCUGGGAUGAGCCAAUAGUAGAAAUGAAGAUGGACAGAGCGUAUCGCUUCUUCUACACCUACAAAGGAGAACGGCACAGAGAAUGCAUGUUAACCUCCAAGAGACAGAGUGAUGGAAGUUGGCGCCAUAUCUGCAUCUUUCCCAGUGACCAUAAUAGUGUCAAACUCUUUGUAGAGCUCUAUAUUGAGGUGCUAGACAACUUUACCAACUAUACCACACUCUCCCAGAAUCUCUCAGUGGAAACUGUUGGUCUUAUUUCUCCACCAGAGAAUAUAAGAGCUGAAUGGCCAAGGGUGGCAAGACAGUUGCAUGUGAUGUGGGAUCCCCCACCCCUCAGCUAUGCGGAAUUCUUGUCCUAUGAGGUUCUUUAUGGUGUUGAAGACUCUGGGCAGCCCUCUUCCAGGCUUGAAGUGAGGAACAGCCACACAUGCCGCCUCAGCGAUCUGCUACCUGGGCAGCAGUACCACAUCCAAAUCCGCACUAAACCAGAUGGCCUGUCUCUUGAUGGGCUCUGGGGCCCCUGGUCUCCAUCAGUAUUAGCAGAGACAGCCCAUCUCCCUGGGUCAACUGCCUUGAGUGUGGCCAUCACACUGUUGUUCUGUGCUGGACUUGUGCUGGGCCUGGGCUGCACCUGCUUUUCCACAUACAGCAGCGUGAAACAAAAGCUCUGGCCACCCAUCCCAGACCUUCAGCAUGUCCUGGAUGGAUUUCUUGAGGACAACAGCAAGCAGCAUCAGCAGGUGAAUGCUUUCUUCUGCAACAAGACUCAGGAGAACACACCUUUGACUUGCCCACUGGAAGUCCUGACUGAGAUGCCCCUGGAUGUACAAAGCUGUGGCUCUCUUUCAGACACAACAGAGCAGACAGAAUGGGAUAACCAGCUUUCUUCUUACCAGCACUACAUGGUGCUGAGUCCCAGCAAUACCCAAGGGAGCAGUCAGGAAAAUGAAUACUUUGAUGGCACAGAUGAUGGGUCUGACACCUUCCCCAUUCCCUUGGAACACGGCUUAUCCACUACUUCAAAGGCUAAGGUCCACCUUAAUUCUUUAACCUUGUGCCAUUUACCACUUUCUGCCUUUGAAGUAAAGGAGGAAAAAAGCAUAGAGGUUUCUGAGGAACAGUCUGCAUCUCCCACCCAUAUCUCAAACCAGACUUACUUGCUGAUGGGCUGAGCAUGCUCAUCAAAGCUUAGCCCAAAGAGAGAGGAUUAAGUACUGUGGAUGUUGCUAUAAAUUAAUAGAAAUACUGGGCUAGGGCCUGACAGCAAUGGAUUUGCCUAAAACUAGAAAAUGUCUAAAAGGCAGUAUCAUCCAGUGGAUAUGUCAUACAAGAAUACAAAAAAGAAGACUGGGAAGUGGAUUGCUUAAUCCUGACAGUUGGGAUGAGCAACCAUGCAGGAAUUGUAGAUUUCACAGCUCCAUUUUGAUCUCAUUUUAAACUGCAGUAUCUACAAUUGCCUCUCCUGCUGAGGAAUCAAUGGCAUUUCUUGCCUCACCAUUGGACACUAGCAUGUAGCUGCAUACAAAUGCAGCAUUAUUUGAGCAAUUAAGCUUUAUUGUCUUCAAAUUAAAUAUACUGUUGCAGUCUGUUCAAAUGAACAAUUUUAUCUCCAGGAUUAAGCUCAGCCAAAAUUGGUUCUACAGUUUUGUACCAGAAGCUGGUUGAGUAAACUGGUGUCUAUAUAUGUACCAGAAGCUGGUUGACUGGCUGGUGUCUAUAUAUGUCAUCAAUAUGUCAUCAAUGUACUUCCCAACCACAAACUGUGAUAAUGGUGUGCAAAAUAUAACACACACUCUGCUCAAAACUGAAAUAGCUCAGAUUCAGAGAAAUUUGGAAGAAAACCUGAGACAUCAUAAGGCAAUGACAUCUGGUUUUUGUUCAACCUUUGUGAUUCCAUGCAAUGCUAUGCAACCAGAUAUUAACUAGAAGAAUCCUCAGUGUAUCGGGGGACCCCCCCACCCCCCAAGCACUUCAACACAGGAAGAUGGAGAGGUUUGAUUCAUACAUUUCCUGCCACCUUUCCCUGAGACAGAGUAUAGCCUUGUGAAUAUUGUUAGAAAAUGUUUACUGAAUUAGGCAGAAUAUUAAUAUUGCUAAAGUGGGAAUGGAAACAAAUAUGAUGUACAGAAGCAAGUAGGAAAUUGAGAGGAUUGUGGUAAAGUAUGCAGGAUGGGAUGAAGAAACUUUUAACAUACAGGGCUUUGUGGGGGACCAAUUUCUCAGACGUUUUCUCUAUUGAGGUGGGCUUAUGUUUCCUGUGAGUAAUCCUUCCGCUGCACAUUGCCUUUACAACUUAUGCUGCUGAUCAGUAAAUAAAAGACUUGGUAGAUAGAUUG